UAAUUUAAAAAAUAUUUUCCGCCCCGGCGAUAUAACGGGACAACGUUCCUGUUUUUAACGUUUGAAUGCGUCAGUAUUAUUGUUUGUGUAAGUGCAAGUGUGCAAAACUGCAAUGCGUAUCCGUAUCGAAAUUUCUUGAUUUCCCAAUGAACUAAUAAAAAACGAGACUACGUCGCCAAAUCACCAGUUCUUGUAUGGAUAAACGGGCAUACCAGUCUAGUAGUGCCGACAAAGCCGACAACGUUGCCGGGGAAGACGACGGCCAGUCAAGAUGACGCAGACCAAGCAGCCAGCAGGAGGGUCGUCCACCUCCGCCGCCAACUUUAACUCCAACUCCUCCGCAAGUGUCUCUAAGCUGGCCCCCUGCCCUUCCUCCGCCCACGACGUUCUGCUGAACAACUUUCAGCUGAAGAAGAAGAGCUACCGGGUGCUCCUCCAUGGACAGCAGUUGGUGUGGGAACGCCUUCAGAAGAUCAAGCCGUCGAGCAACGAAAUCAAAGCUCCUCUGCCGCCGGAUGCGACAUCUGAGGGCGUCUGUUCCUAUGGCCCUCAGAGUCAUGUCCUUCACCUGGACGAUGUGGUCAGUGUGAAGAGUGGAGAAACCAAGUUGGCUUCGCUGCAACCACCUCCGCCGCCAAGCUCCGAGACCAGUUCCCGGUCCAGCAGCAGCAGUGGAGUGGCCAUGAAGCCGACCUGUCAGUACCUGACUGUCAACUAUGCCUUACGAUUGAGCAAGUCCCAGACGGACUGCAACCGCUGGGAGCUCCGGCGGCUCACCUUCUUCAAUUCGGAUCCCUAUAUUGUGCGUCAAUGGGAUGAGGAGCUCCAGGCCAGACUGUACAGCAGUUCGCCCACCAGGAUGCGAGUCCGUCGCCUCUUGGUGUUCAUAAACCCUUACGGAGGACGCAAGGCGGGAGCACAGACCUACGAACGCCAUGUGAGGCCCAUAUUCCAACUGGCAGGGGUGGAUGCCACCUGCAUCACCACCCAGAGGGCGAACCAAGUGAGAGACAUCCUCCUGAGCCACGAUCUGGGAGUGUACGAUGCUGUCUGUUGCGUGGGAGGUGAUGGCACCGUUGCGGAGGUGAUCAAUGGUCUGUUGUUCCGAAGGAUGCGGGAGCUGGGACUGGACGAGCAGAGUCCCCCUUACAUUCCAAGGCCGGCGCUGCCAGUGGGCGUCAUCCCCGCCGGCAGCACCGACACCAUAGCCUACAGCAUGCAUGGCACGGCGGAUGUCCGAACGGCGGCCAUCCAUGUGAUCCUGGGCCAGCACCGCGGACUGGAUGUGUGCAGCGUCAGCAAUGGCCAGUCCCUUUUAAGAUUCUGCGCUAGUGUUCUCAGCUACGGCUACCUCGGCGACGUGGCUGCCCAAAGCGAAAACUAUCGCUGGAUGGGACCCAGACGGUACGAAUACAGUGGCGUCAAGGCUUUUCUCAGCAAUCGGGGAUACGAAGCGGAACUGCGAAUGCUAGAGGAGCCGGAUCUCCUGCUGACCACCCCGAUGCAGGAGGAGGUGCCGCAGAGUCCGGACAGUGUGUGCUCGCUGGGCGAGUCACUACCUUCCGUCUGCUAUGCCAAUUGCCAGCGCUGCAGUUUUGCGAGCAGUAUCCAGGAGCAGAGGUCCUCGCAGCUCAUUCAAGAGGAGUCCAGGCAUACGGAGAAGGUAGAGCGCGAGGAACCGGAGCUGGGGGAUCCCUAUCUAACCCCCAGCGAGGCAGCCCUGCUGAAACCUCGUAUUCGGCCGGGAAACCUUCAACUGCCCACAGGCUCCAUCUCAUCGAUGAGAAACUUCGGCAACGAGCAAUGGAAAGUGGUGCGGGGUAACUUCUUCAUGAUUUGCGGGGCAAACAUUACCUGUGCCUGUGCCAGGAGUCCCAACGGCAUCUCGCGAUACAGCCACCUGGGAGAUGGCUGUCUGGAUCUGAUUUUGGUCAAGAAGACCAAUCUGCUCAAUAAUAUACGCUUUCUACUCAACACGGCUGGUAGAAGCGGUGAUAUACGCAAUUUACCUUUUGUGGAGGUCUAUAGGACUAGGAAAUUCCAGUUCAGAACCUUGGCUGCAGCGGGAGAAGAGGACUAUAGCCUGGCAGGCUCUUGCCAACCCAUAUCCCCACCCGGAGAAUUGGGCAAUCCAUCCUCUUCUGCAGAGUUCUCUAGCUGGAACUGUGAUGGCGAAGUGGUCACCGACCUGGAUAUAACUAUGAGAUCCCAUUGUCAGCUUAUUGAAGUCUUCAUGAGAGGACCCCAUUCCUACAGUAAGCCGCUCAAGGGAGGAUCCACUCCGACUACGCCAGCCAGUUCCAGCGACAAUGUCUACUGCUGCUGCAAGGAUUAGAAGCUUUAACCACUUAGAAUUAGCAUCAACCGUUGGCCGUGACAAGUAACUUGUAGUUUUGUGUAGGGUAUUCAUAUUCGUAUUUUUAUCGUGUUUAAGGCCGGGUUGUCCCCGCCAUUGUUUUUAGAAUAGCUCAACCAAGCAACUGAUAUUAUCGACUGUAUUAUGGCAUCUGAAAGAUGCGCAAGGCAAACCGAAACAUUCCAUCUCGGAAGGCGUGCAUUAUUCGCAUAAAUUUACAUACCUUAAAAUAUAUAUUGUGUAAUGGUAUUUCGCCAAUAAAGAGUAUGUCUAAAUGUUUUAAAA